GAACAUUGCGGAUCGGGUCGGCGCCAUUUUGGGACCGAGACUGGUUGUGGGGGAGGGAAAAGCGGCAAAAGGGGAUUAUUCAAAGUACCGAAAACCUCCUCCAGGGAUCGAGCGCAGCGGCACCCCCAGACCAGGGGCACCUCUGGUGUGGCAGAAGGUGAUUGAAUUACUCAGUUAUGAAGAUCAUCUUCUAGGUUUUGUGUAAAAGGCCCCGGAUAUUUCAAGUGGCCAUUUUGGAAUUACAAUGUUUUUGGAGAAUUUUGCCCCAGAAGUUUAAGAUUGGCAAGAAUCUUCUCGGAAGUGUGUUGGUAGUAGUGAACGAUUCUACGAGCUGCUUAAAAAGAGACACGGGCAUCUCUUCAGUGUUUUGGUUCAGACGGAUUCUAUAACUGGUUCAACUGUUGCAGCUGGUGGUAUUUUUUGCCCCCCCGCCCCUCCCCCAUCGGUGUUCUUCAGCCAGAACUGUAAGAUAUGUUUGAUUUGUGUACCGAGUAGUUUUGGCAGUUUCAAAUUACUGUUUGAAUAUUGCUGAAGUUCCAUGGCAGUUUAUUUUUACCUUUGUUAAAAAGUUUAGGAAUUUUUGACCUCAGCCCUUUUCCUACAACAAUGGGUAAGGUUUUCUAAAUGAAGACACUGAAAGAAUACAGUCUUUCUCAUUUUGUCUUCCUUUUAAGUGGGAUUUAAGAUGCUGCCGUUUCCCAGCAGCAUGGUAGUAUUGAGAUAGCUAUGUGUCUCUUUACAUGCUGAUAUUUAGGAAUGCCCUUCAGAUGUGAAAGUUUCUUUUUGUUUUUGCUUUUUGGCUCAUAAAUUGGAUAUUUCAUCUGGAGUGGAUAAGUACAACUGUGACAAGUACAUGGAAUAAUAAAGAAGACUUAAAAAAUCUUAAAUCCAAGGAACUUGGCUAAUUCUGGAGAUAACCAUAUGAAAACUUUAAGACAGAAGUAUGGGUAGCUGACUUGAAGUAGUAACUCUAUGUCAAAUAGUCAUAGGUUAAGUAUCUUCAAAGAACUUGGAUAUUAUUUCAGAGGAUACAAAAUAAAAAAACAAACUGGAAAACAUAAAGAUUACAGAGAAAAACCCAACACCUUCCUGUGCAGUCCUGUUGGAAUUUGGACUUGCCAUGAGGUGUUGAAGCCUGUUUCAUUGAGUCGGAGAGACUGGACCUAAAUGGCGCAGCAUGACUUUGCACCAGCCUGGCUUAAUUUUCCUACUCCACCAUCGUCAACAAAGUCGUCAUUGAAUUUUGAGAAGCAUUCUGAAAAUUUUUCAUGGACAGAAAAUCGUUACGAUGUGAACCGUCGACGACACAACUCUUCAGAUGGCUUUGAUUCUGGUAUUGGACGUCCUAAUGGAGGUAAUUUUGGAAGGAAAGAAAAAAAUGGAUGGCGUACACAUGGAAGAAAUGGUACAGAAAACAUAAAUCAUCGAGGGGGAUACCAUGGUGGAAGUUCCCGUUCUCGUAGCAGUAUUUUCCAUCCUGGAAAAAGCCAAGGACUACAUGAAAACAGCAUACCUGACAAUGAAACAGGGAGGAAAGAUGAUAAGAGAGAACGCAAACAGUUCGAGGCUGAGGAUUUUCCAUCUUUAAAUCCUGAAUAUGAGAGAGAACCAAAUCAGAAUAAAUCUUUAGCUGCCGGUGUAUGGGGCCUACACGCCCAGACACACACAUACCCAACCAAAAAAAUCUCCCAAGCUCCUCUCUUAGAAUACCCUCCGAAUCCUAAAUCUAGAACCCCAAGGAUGCUGGUUAUUAAGAAAGGUAAUACAAAAGACUUACAGCUCUCUGGAUUCCCAGUUGUAGGAAAUCUUCAGUCACAGCCAGUUAAGAAUGGGACUGGUCCAAGUGUUUAUAAAGGAUUAGUCCCUAAACCAGCUGCUCCACCUACAAAACCUACACAAUGGAAAAGCCAAACUAAAGAAAAUAAAGUUGGGAGUUCUUUUCCUCAUGAGUCUACAUACAGUGUUGGCAACUUUAAUGCUUUUAAAUCAACUGCCAAGAAUUUUAGUCCAUCAACAACUUCAGUAAAAGAGUGUAAUCGCUCAAAUUCCUCUUCACCUGUUGACAAACUUAAUCAGCAGCCUCGGCUAACCAAACUGACCCGUAUGCGCACUGAUAAGAAAAGUGAAUUUUUGAAAGCAUUGAAGAGGGACAGAGUAGAAGAGGAACAUGAAGAUGAAAGCCACCCUGGCUCAGAGAAGGAUGACGACUCAUUUAAUUUGCAUAACAGCAAUAGUACUCACCAAGAAAGGGACAUAAACCGAAACUUUGAUGAAAGUGAUAUUCCGCAAGAGAAUGGCAAUGCCUCAGUGAUAUCCCAACAGAUCAUUCGUUCUUCCACCUUCCCACAAACUGAUGUUCUCUCAAGUUCACUUGAAGCUGAACACAGAUUGUUAAAGGAGAUGGGGUGGCAAGAAGACAGUGAAAAUGAUGAAACCUGUGCUCCCUUAACUGAGGAUGAAAUGAGAGAAUUCCAAGUUAUUAGUGAACAGUUACAGAAGAAUGGCCUGAGGAAAAAUGGUAUUUUGAAAAAUGGCCUGAUCUGUGACUUCAAGUUUGGACCCUGGAAAAACAGCACUUUCAAACCCACUAUUGAGAAUGAUGACACAGAAACAAGUAGCAGUGACACAUCCGAUGAUGAUGAUGUGUGAAGGAUUUCCUAACAGCUUUAGAAAUUUUAGUGUGAUACAUCUCAUACAAUUUGGGGUGAAUUGUAAAAAUGAAGAACUAUAAUUUAUGUAGUAAAAAACCCCAUUAGAAGAUGAUUUUUUGGGGACUUCAAUAUGAAGAAAACCAAGAAUGUUGUGUUGGGCUGUGUUGAACAUUAUUUCUUUGUAAAUGAAUGUUGUAGAAAUGAGGACUUUGGUUGAUCCAACAUUGACUUUCUUCAUCACUGCAGCAUUUCUCUGACUAGCAAUGUGACGAUGUAACAAAUGAGAUUUUUCUCAUUUAAUAAUAAAAAAUUGUGUAAUGUUUUGCAAAGCUUCUGUCUUAAAAUGUCCAGGUCUUAAGAAAAAAAAGGCAGCUUACACUGUUUGCUUGCAGAGUCAUAUCUUUUUCGUACAAUGGAAUUCCUCAAGUCCACUUUGUGCGCUCCCAACUUCCCCCCCAAAAGGACAAUGUAGCAUGUUGGCUAAAACUGGAGCAAAGUGCACUAAAAUUAAUUUCCUGAAUUCAA